UUUUGCAAAAAAGUGUCUCUGUAUGGGUAGAGGGUCUGUGUAUAAUGUAAAUAAAAGAAACCUUAUCCCAGAAGAGACGUGCCGUACUGUUCGGACAGUCUUUUCCAGGAUGUCUGACGCUUCCCUCCGCUUCCCGUUUCCAUACCAACCGUAUUCCAUCCAGGAGCAGUUCAUGGAAUCCUUGUACAGUGCUUUGGAUCAAGGGAAGAUUGGGAUCUUUGAGAGCCCAACUGGGACGGGGAAGUCUCUGAGUCUGAUCUGUGGCGCCCUGUCCUGGCUGCGGGAUGAGGAGGAGCGCAAGAGGCAGGAGGCGGCUGUGCUGCUGGCUGAGCCAGGGGUCUCUCCCCACAAGCAGCCCUCCUCUGCCAGCCGGUGCAGCCCCCACUCCCCCAGCGAGCCAGGCUGGAUCACAGACUUCGUGCAGAAGAAGGCAAAGAGGGACCUGGUUGACAAGCUGAAGGAGGAGGAGCUGAGGAGGAAGAGGAGAGAGGAGCGCCUGGAGCAGAUUAGACACAACACAGGGUUGCAUUAUGCAAUGAAACGCAAGAAGAGCGAUGAAGACUUGGAGGCUGUGCAGCUGCUCCAGCGCAGUCAGGAGAUGAUAACAUCAGAGGGGGGCGGGCUGGAGGACAGGGAUGAGGAGGAACUUAUCGUGGCAGAGUACGAGAGCGACGAUGACACAAAGAAGAAGCAGAAUAGCUAUGAUGAUGAAGACGAUGAUCUGGAAGAAGAGCAUGUGACCAAGAUAUAUUACUGUAGUCGGACUCACUCCCAGCUCUCCCAGUUUGUACACGAGGUCCAGAAGAGUCCGUUUGGCAAAGACACCAGACUGGUAUCACUGGCAUCUAGACAGAAUCUGUGCAUCAAUGAGGAGGUGCGGCAGCUCGGCUCUGUGCAGCUCAUCAACGAGCGGUGCAUGGAGAUGCACAAGAACAAACAGUCAGAAAGGAAGGCCCCUGAGGAUGAGGAGCCCCGGAAGCGGAGGGGCCAGAGGAAGGCAGUGUGCCCGUUCUCAUCACCCGCUGCGAUGCAGACCCUCCGAGACCAGGCCCUGGCGCAGGUGCGGGACAUCGAGCAGCUCGUCACGCUGGCCAAGCAGAACAGAGCCUGUCCAUACUACGGAGGCCGCCUUGCCAUCCCUGCAGCACAGCUGGUGGUGCUGCCCUAUCAAACUCUGCUUCACGAGUCAACGCGCCGCGCCUCAGGGAUCAAACUGAAGGACCAGAUUGUGAUCAUCGAUGAAGCUCAUAACCUCAUUGACACCAUCACCUGCAUCCACAGUGCUCUGGUCACUGGUGCUCAGCUCUGCUGUGCUCACUCUCAGCUGACCCAGUACAUGGAGAGAUACAGGAGCCGACUGAAAGCCAAGAACCUGAUGUACAUUAAACAGAUCCUAUAUGUGCUGGAGAGCCUGGUGCGAGUGCUGGGAGGCAAAGUUGGACAGAACCCCAAAACGCAGAUCAUAACGGAGCCAGGGACGGAGCUGCAGUCGAUCAAUAAUUUCCUGUUCAAGGCGCAGAUUGACAAUAUUAACCUGUUCAAGGUUCAGCGGUAUUAUGAGAAAAGCAUGAUCAGCAGGAAGCUGAGUGGAUUUGUAGAGAAGUUCCAGGGGGGCACAGUCCAGCCCAUCAACAAGGAGAACCGCUCGACUGCGGGGCUUGAGAGAUUCCUGCAGUCCAUCAGACCCGGGGCUGCCCCCGAGGUUCCCUCUCCAGACCAGACAGGGGGGAUGGAGGAUGGGCAGCCCAGCAUGGCCUCUCCCAUGAUGCAGAUAGAAGGGUUCCUCUUCGCACUGACUAACGCCAACAAGGACGGGAGAGUGGUGCUGCACAGGCAGGGCUCGCUGGCUCAGAGCAGCCUGAAGUUCCUGAUGCUGAACCCUGCUGUCCACUUCUCCGCGGUGCUCCAGCAGUGCAGAGCCGUGAUCAUCGCAGGAGGGACCAUGCAGCCGGUGGCUGAUUUCAAGGAGCAGUUGCUGCUGUCUGCAGGGGUAGGGCCGGAGCGCAUUGCAGUGUUCUCUUGCGGACAUGUGAUCCCACCAAACAAUAUUCUGCCCAUCAUCCUGUGCAGCGGCCCCUCAGGGCAGCAGCUGGAGUUCACCUAUCAGAAACGGGACACUCCCCAUAUGAUGGACGAAACGGGCCGGAUCCUGUCUAACCUGUGCAACGUGGUGCCGGGCGGUGUGGUCUGCUUCUUCCCCUCCUACGAGUACGAGAAGCGGGUCCACGCCCACUGGGAGGAAACCGGGCUCCUCGCUCGCCUCUCUGCCAAGAAGAAGAUUUUCCAGGAGCCAAAGAAAGCCAGCCAGGUGGAGCAGGUGCUGGCGGAGUACUCCCGAUGCAUACAGCGCUGCAGCCAAUCCACCGGCCCCCUGACAGGAGCUCUGCUGUUCUCAGUGGUUGGAGGGAAGAUGAGUGAGGGGAUCAACUUCUCAGACGACCUGGGCAGGUGUGUUGUCAUGGUGGGGAUGCCAUACCCCAAUAUAAAGUCCCCUGAGCUGCAGGAAAAGAUGGCCUAUCUGGACAAAACCAUGCCCAGAGUAGGAGGUGUGAGUCCAGGGAAGGCACUGAUUGAAAAUCUCUGCAUGAAGGCUGUGAACCAGUCCAUCGGCCGAGCGAUCCGUCACCGUGGCGACUAUGCUAGUGUCCUGCUCCUGGACCAGCGGUACUCCCGGGCCGGCCCGCUCUCCAAGCUGCCCCAGUGGAUCCGGAACAGCACCCAGGUGCAGCCUGCCUUUGGCCCCGCCUUCGCCGCACUCCGCAAGUUCUUCAUGGAAAAGAAAACCCUUAGUAGAUCGUAGUGGCUCUGAGGAGCCUCAGCGAGGCAGGACCACGAAGGCAGCUAAACAUGGACUUGCUGCAGUCUGGCUAUUUUAAUAGAGGUGUGGUUGCAUGACAAACUACAGCCACCUAGAGCUUGCUUUUGAGGUGCAGGUUUAAGCUUGUUAGUUAUUGUGCCAUGUAACCUGUCAGAGGUAAAGUACAGGGACUGUCGCAGCACAAGCCAUGCCCUUUUCAUACAGGACAUCACAUUGUCCACUGUUUCAAAAUGCAUGCUGGUUACCAGUCUCAGGCAGUUAAGCUGUUAACAUGCAUGCUGAACACACUUCAGUGCAGCGUAGGACAUCAAGCCCUGGCAUCCCCUUCAGUCAGGGAGUGCAUAAUUCUACCCUGUUCAGUUAACUAUCGAUGUAUCUGUUUUAUAAUGCAUAUAUGUUUUUUUCAAAGUUUUGGCAGUGCAACUUGUCAAGCCCCGCAGAGCUCACAGAAACUCUUAACGUUUCUCAAAAUUGAAAUAAAAAGAAAUUGUGACCAAAGGGGACGUAAUCAGCUCAAUAUCCCGUAUUGCCAAACUCCAGGGUAUUUAAAUCUUGUAGAGUACAAAAGCAAGACAGAGGUACCUUCAAAGUGUUUUGAAGGCAGGCCCCACGGUGACUUAAGAAUUUGAGCAGGGCUGCCUGUAGACUGAGUUUGUAUCUUUAGUAUAAAUCAGUAAAAUCCAAGGUUCAGUUAAAAAAAUAAAUAAAUAAAUAAGUGUAAUUCAGAAUAAACUGGAAUAGAGGAACACUAUGUAUACUUUUAGGAACUUCAGUGGAAAAUAAGUCUGCCCAUUAUUGGAUCUGCUUUUUUAAAUGGUCUAGUUUGAUACUUCUUUGCACAACAGUUAAAUUGUUUUUUAUAAAUACUGAUUUUAGUAUGUUGGAAUGUUUUUUUUUUUUAAGUUACUCUGCCUUUGCAGUUGUUUAAACAAUGUUUGAAAAAAUAAAUAUUUAUCUAUACAAGGCUCUGGCCAAACGUGUUGCAUCAACUAGAAUUUUAGGAUUGAGAAAAUAUAUACUGGUAUAAACAAAAUGUAGUUAUUUUAUUUAACAUCAUGUUAUCAAAGACACUACAAAUAUACAGAUAUCGCAAAAGCUUACCGGAAGCUGUAACAGUAGUUUAUGAAGAGACUUUAUGAAGCAAAAUUAUUCAGGGUGAUGCUAAACUUUUGGCCAUAGCUGUAUAUCAGAUGCAAAACAGUGCUGAGUGUUUAUGUGAUUUCAGUUUUAUAUUAAAUACUUACAUUUUGCCUCCAAACUGUGUUACUCCUCUUCAGUUGGGUCAGCCUUACACACUCAGACUGGGAUCCACGUUGCUCCCAUUCUCCCAGACCAGUGCUUCUCGGCAGGGACCAGUAGGAGGUU